AUGUCUGAUCAAAAGGAAUUCCUUAGCCUUAAGAAGACCUUCUUUUACAAUUUCUUUCCAUCAAAAGAAGAAGAAGAAGUUUGCAAACUUAACAACACUCCACAUGUAGUGACUCGAGAACUAAUUGAGAUUAGGGAUAUAUAUCCUCCCCCGAAAAUCGAUCUGGAAAACCCAUGGCAGAUCAAGAUAAAGAUUACCAGUUAUGAGGUUGAGGCAGGAGCCCUGUUGAUUCCAUAUAUCGAGACUUUUGAGUACAUUCUUCGAUACUGGACGCUGGACCUGGCCAAAAUUUUGGUGAACGGAUGCGGGGUGUGUGUUCAAGUGUGGGAUGUAACAGCAGAUAGUGCUCCUAAGAAGUAUGAAGGUGAGCGUAUUUACUUAUGGAAGCUGUGCAACGAUGACUAUGCUCUUUCGUGCAUUGAAUUGUUCAACAGUAGCAGAUUGGCGGUUGGUGAUGAAAUUGGGCUGUUUUGGGAUCCUAGAUCUUCAAAUUUUAUGUUCAAAUUACUAUCUCAAGUUAAAGGCAAUCAGCAGUUAGACUCCUUUGAUUUAAGAAGCAUAGCAUGUCAUCUCUAUUCUGAUGAAAAAGUGACUGAACCUGUCAAAUCGGAUCCUCGAGCUGAGAAUGACCCUAAGAAGUAUGAAAUUGCAACUCAUGCAAGUUCUAGCAUUAGGAAGCUGCAUAAUGAUCGCGAAUUGGGUGUUGCCAUUUGCCAAUGA